AUGAUAACACGAAGUCAUCCUGGUUACAUAGAGAUAGAGGUAACUCCUCACCUGGCUGACGUCACAAUCGAAAGUCAGAUUAUAGGGACAGGAAUCAAAACAGCAUUUAAUCUUGAACAAAACCAGACCAGAGUUAUAAUCAAUACAGAAGAACAUCCGGGACUUUACAUCAUCAGGUUGAUUCAGAAUGGAUCUGUACUUGUGACCAGAUACAUUCAUGCUGUUUGCCAGAAACAUGUCACUCUCAACUUCAAUCAUACCUAUUCAAUACAGUCACCAGAAUUUCCUCUGCCUUACCACGCAGGCCUACGGUGUUCAUGGAAAAUAACCAAAAUUAGGAAUGACACCUGGUUCAAGAUUGAUAUAGUGUUACAAGGAAGUGAUUGUCUGACUUCCUUUGAAAGUAAUUUUAAGAACGACUUGUGCUCAAAAGCCAAGCAAAACGAAAGCCUUGUUGUGCCAAACAAUUAUCUGUAUGUGAAUUUUUCCUCCAAAAAAUCGGGUCCAUCUUCUUAUAUACACGUGGAGGUCAUACCUAAGUUAUGUUCCCCCACAUACCUGUCCGCAAAAGCAAUCAGUGACUCUAUACAAAUCGACUGGUUCUGGAAUGGCACGGAUGCCGACGCCCUUGUGUGUGUGAUCGAAUAUCUGGUAUAUCCUUCCACUGUACACUACCAAACAAUGGUCAACUGCAGCGAUAAUUCGUACAUAUUGGAUACCAGCCUCCAUAGGGGCCAGCUAUAUCAGAUUAGGAUGUUUGCAAAGACCUCUUUCUGGGAAAGUGAAAAGUUGGAUUACGUAAAUCUUACGUCAGAGUGUCAAAAUGAAGUUUUUCUCGGAAAGAACAAAGAAGCUACAAUCCUUUCAGAGGGUUACCCAUAUCAUCUACAGUCAUUUUCUUCUUGUCAAUGGAAGAUCAAUACAACAGCGGAUAAGUUCAUAAAACUUAUCAUCCGGGACUUUAAUUUAUGCUUGAAUUCGAAUAUCUGUCAGACAACAUGCCUGAAAAUUGACAAGGAAAUAAGACUCUGUCCAGGUUCUUCGAUUGAUGAAACGUAUUUGAUACAGAAAAACAACACAUUCAUCAUGUUCAAUUCCACUGAAGCAUUAAAUGGUCGGGGUUUCAACCUGUCAGUCAAAGCAGUUGAUUCUCCUCCCCCUUUUCUUGACCAAUUCUAUGUCGAGAGCAAACACAACCUUAUCAACAUUACGUGGAGUCCUUACGAUGGACAAAAAGACCUGUUGCGUUACCUUGUCACCUACAGUGUCAUACCUAACGUAGGACAUCACGUGAUCCCUGUUCGGGUCUUUGACACUUUAACAACAUACGUCAUUGACACGAAAGCUCACCAAGGCCAAUUGUUUGCAGUAAAAUUAUCUUAUCUAACCGAGGGUGGAGAGGGGACACCUUCAAAUGUAAAAAUCAUCCGGGCCUCAUGUGGACGUGCCGUGCAACUGCGCCAUAAUGAAAGUCUCACUAUACGGUCGCCGGAAGUUAAUGGUAGCUACCUUUCAAAUGUCUUUUGCAAGUGGAAUUUGUUGACGGAUCACGCACUCUGGUAUAAGUUUGAUAUUGUUAAAAUUGACAUCGAAAAUUCCCCAUUAUGUCAAAAAGAUUAUGUGGAAAUUCCGGGAAAUCAGAGGUUCUGUGGAAACGAGCCUGGUUCUAUGAUUAUAAGAGAUCACAGAGCCUCCAUAGCUUUUGUAACAGACGACAGCAAUUAUGCGACCGGAUUUACAGCAGUGUUUACAGCAGUUUAUCCACCAUCAGGUCGGCCUACGAAUGUAACCUUAACGUCAACACGAUAUGGCUUCUUUCUGAAAUGGGAGAAACCUUUGAUAAAUCCUAGUUAUGUGAGGGGGUAUCGGAUAAAUUACAGACGCCAGGAGAAGACCGAGGUCUCUGAAAUCAUUUUACCAUUCUAUGAGAAUAGUGCUUUUAUCAACACUCUGUCCUAUCCGGGAAUUGUAUUUGAAGUAUGGAUGUCUGCAAUUGGUGAAGCUGAAGAUAGCGAGUUUACUGAAAAGAUGCAGAUUUUGUCAGAUUGUGGAGAUUAUUUAACAAUAGAUAAAUCCCCCCAACUGAUCAGUACGCCAUUUUACCCACAAUUCCCCAGUGUCACGUGUCAGUGUUCAUGGACCUUGGAGUCUGUGCAUCAGUUAUCAUUCACUUUCUUGGAUACUCAUUAUGAAAACCAUACCACAAAUUCAACAGAAGACGACUUUCUAAUCAUAAACAAUACAAAGCAUUCUUUUUCGAAUUUAAGCAAAGGAAUGCAGUUUUUAUUCCUUAAAAAUGAAAUUGUAAAGAUCGAGAUUCGGACUAAGCAAACUAAUUUCUUAGCAGCAAUAAAACCAAUAUCUGACCAGGGUCCCUCAAUCCCAAGCAUCAAACGCUCAUCAUCUGCUAGCCGAAGACUUCAUCCUAGCUGACUAUUAACUGUUAUAUUGGGAACUAUGCUAUUGAGAACCACACUUUGAGUUAACAGUAAUAUAGAGAUGCAUCCUGUAGGACGGAAUCUGUCCCAAAAUGAAGACUUCGGAUUUCACUUCAGCUUAAC